UUUAUCUUUCCCAAUAAAAACGCAAAGCAGCGCCCUGCGUACUAGGGCUAGUAGUAACGCUACCUAGUAGUGAGAUCGCGUGCAUUUUCACCGAACUCUUAUGGCAAAUCCGGAAUUGUCUCCGCUGCCUUCCCCGGCUAAAGGGGGGCACCCUCCCGCAGUCAAAGCUGGAGGCAUGAGAAUUUCUAAGAAGCUAGAAAAUGCACCUGUUGAAAGAAGUUCUAAACUCCCUGGAAAAGAGAAGACUAGCUCUGCUCCAGUUAUAAAAGUACAGAGCAUGAGUAUCUUACUGGCAGAUACCCUCCAGAAACUGAGGCAUAAAUUUCCAGCCACCGCAGCACAAGGAGCAUAUGAGAAGCCACGACCUACUCUGGAAAAAAUUAUAUUGCCCAAACGAAUGUGCAUUAUUCAGCAGCCUCGGAAAUGUUAAACAUGUAGAAUAAAAUAUUCAUAUAUUUGACAGACCUGCACUUAACAAAAACACCAGUUAGCUAGGCAAGCAGUAAAUAGACCAAAUUGCUCAGGCAUUUUGUUUUUCUCGCAAUAAAAACUGUAUAUAUUC